AUGCAUGAAGACCCUUCCCCUCCUAUCACAUCACCUGGGCCUGUAGUAGAUUCGCCAAAACUGCUUCAACCGGAGGUCCAGAUGGCUAUUGUCCCAGUGGUCGGACCUGCUGUCGCCUCGACAACAACAACAGUUGCACAUUCCUUUGCUGUACAGCAACACUUCGACUCAUCUGAUUCCAUUCCGACAGAUGGCUUAGCUGCUAGCUCGUCCUCCAAAACAAAUGAGAAAAAUCAGAAUCCAAACCUUGUUAAUAAGUCAUGCCCAGCGAAUGAAUGA